UUUGUUGGAGACCUGAAACUCUUCCGCACAACAUUAAUCUCAGUUUUCCAUCGCUGCAAUGUCGCAAGGAAAAAUUUGAUGCCUAUAUCCAAUUCAUAGAUCAUCAAAGUUAAUUCUUAAUCAGACAAAGAGCAGACAAAUGUUCUCUUCUCUAGAAUCACAUUUGGGCUAAAAUUGUAGCAAAGAUAAUUUGCAACCAGUACACUGCUGCAUUUCACAUAUGGCAGGCACAACCUGAACUGGCACCAUUCAGUACUUGGUAGUGGAUGUGAAGGUUUAUUUAGUAUGAAUAUGUAAGUUUUGAAUUCCUUUCUUGUUAUUACAUGUCUUAUCUUUUCCUGUAUGGGAUAAAUCUGGUACUGCAUUGGCAGUUCUUACUAACAUUUUUGUAAUUCCCUUCAUUACACUCUUGAGAACUCAUUUAGCUGUUGUUUGAAAGUUUCUCAGAGGAACUUGUACAUAAAAGGUUAGGUCAAUCUGGUACUGUCAAGAAAAAUGUGGAUAAUGCAUUUCUUUUGAUGUUACUUCUUUGACAUGCUGCAAUCCUGGAGCCUGGAUUUAUGGGAUGAGGAUUGGGAUCGUCGAGUCUUGAACCUUAGAUUUCUAGAUGAUACCACACUUCUCAAAGAAGAUGUGGUCAUUGAGCCGCAAUGGUGGUUGGCAAUUUGUGAAGGUUGGUGGAUGAUAGCCAUGGCUUUGUGGUAGAAGGGAAUUCCUCUUUAAUCAUCUGUUUUCUGAUUAGGUGUUGAGCAAGGUAGAGAAAGGAAAUCCUUUGAAAUUCUGAUAAAAGGCUGGGGAUGGACAACUUUUAUUCCUUUUUAGGUGCAUUUGUUGUGGUGCUUGAAGUUGCUGUAAAAGUUUUCCUGAAAUGUUGGUAACUUUGUUUAAAUUGCCAGAUUUUUGUUUAGUAAAUAAUAUAAAUAAAU